GACGACUUGACACAUGUCAUAUUACAUUGUCACAUUGGUCAGCUGUAAGCUGAUAUUUUGAAAACUUUGUAUUGAUAUGAAAAUCUAACCGGAAUAACAAAUUCAACAAUUAUAAAACAUUGAAAAACAAAACAUAUUUAACUUAGUCUUCAUAAUAUUUUCUAAAAAAAUAUAUUUCAGUCUUCUAUGUAGUAAGUGACAAAUGUCUGAUAUUUCUAAAAGAAUUCAGCAGUGAUUAUAUAAUUAUGGCUACCAGAAAAGUCUUAAUUGGUGGGGGAACAGGCUUUAUUGGAAGUAAUUUAGGUGAACUUCUUGGAACCAAAGGUUACAAUGUAGUGAAUAUAACUCGUAUGCCUGGUGCCAAUAAUAUUUCAUGGAACACUUUGGAGCAAUCAGGCUUACCCCUUAGGUCAUGUGCUGUCGUCAAUUUAGCUGGACAACAGUUUAUGGAUUUUACAAAAUCCUGGACACCUGGAUUCAAACAAAAUGUGCAGAAUUCUAGAGUUUAUACAACACGAGCACUUGCAUCUGCAAUUAACAAAUGUUUAGACAAACCAAAGGUGUUUGUUGUCGUCACUGGUGUUGGGGCUUAUGAACCUUCUGAGUACAAUAAAUAUGAUGAGAGCAGUCCCACCACAGGAAUUGAUUUCUUCUCCCGACUGACUGUAGAAUGGGAAAAAGCUGCCAAAGUAGAUCCACCUGUAAGGCUUGUGAUAAUUCGUUCUGGUGCAGUACUCGGCCGUUGGGGAGGUAUGAUCAAGAAUAUGUUUCUCCCUUUCUACUUCGGCUUCGGCGGCCGCAUCGGCAGUGGCAAGCAAUACCUACCAUGGAUCCACAUAGAGGACCUCACCCGGCUAAUUCUCUUUGCUAUAGAGAAUGAAAAGGUCCAUGGUGUUCUAAAUGGUGUAUCCCCGCAAGUUAUUACCAACAAUGAUUUCACACAUUCAUUUGCUAAAGCAUUGGGAAGACCUGCUUUUCUGCCAGUACCUGAGCCGAUUUUAAACCUGUUACUGAAUCGAGAGAGGGCCAUGAUAAUGACUAAGGGACAGUACGUCAUACCAAAGAGGGUGCAAGAAUUUGGCUUCCGUUACAAAUACGACAAUAUAGAUGAAGCGUGCAAAGAGUUUGCUCAUCUCUGGCCGAAGAAACAUCCUCUUAAAUGAAUUUAAAUUAAGUAUUGUUAUUGUUGAAAAAUACCUAAUAAUAUUUAAAUAUUUAUUAAAAAAAACUGUUUUACGUUUAAACUUUGCAUUUUUGUAGUCUUAUAAUAUGGUACACAUAAAGUAACAUCACGUAGUAAAGCUAUUUCUAAGUCGUAUUUCUUUGUAAUAAGGAGAACGCAUCCAAAACAGUACCUGCAGACAUAGAUAUAACAUUGUUAAAUAAAAAAUCAUCUGUAGUAUAUUUUAUUCAUUUUAUUAUAAAAAUAUACAUAAA